GUGACGUCGCCCGCCCGGCGUACCACGUGACAAGGAAGUGACUCGGAACAGGAAGAGAAGGGGGGGAAAAAAAGGACUCCCGUCGGCAGCUUCACCCGCCACCGGGACCAGUCGCCAACGCCACCGCCGCCGCCAUGAACAGCAAAGGCCAGUAUCCGACCCAGCCGACGUACCCCGUGCAGCCUCCCGGCAACCCCGUGUACCCCCAGACCGUGCACCUCCCCCAGGCCCCGCCCUACACGGACGCCCCGCCUGCCUAUUCCGAGCUGUACCGCCCGAGCUUCGUGCACCCGGGGGCGGCCCCCGUCCCCACGGUGUCGGCGGCCUACCCCGGCGCCUCCCUCUACCUCCCCGUGGCCGCCCAGUCGGUAGCCGUGGGGCCGCUGGGCUCCUCGGUGCCCAUGGCCUACUACCCGCUGGGCCCCGUGUACCCGCCGGGCUCCACGGUGCUGGUGGACGGCGGCUACGACGCCGGAGCGAGAUUCGGAGCGGGCGCCUCGGCCGGGAGCAUCCCCCCUCCGCCCCCCGGCUGCCCCCCGAACGCGGCCCAGCUGGCCGUCAUGCAGGGGGCCAACGUCCUGGUCACCCAGCGCAAGGGCAACUACUUCGUCAGCGGCUCGGACGGCGGCUACACCAUCUGGUAGAUGACGAUCACCGCGAGCGCCGAGACCAUGGUGACGAACACCACGGUGAUGACCACUGGAAAGGAGAGCGCGAGGCCUCUGACCCUGCUAGCCAGCCCCCUUCACGGACCAAGGGCCCCCCGCCCUCUGAUAAUAAUGGUGC